AUGCCGAGCUUGUCCGCAGGAUAUCUGGCAGUUUUUACUGUGGGCAUCGCGCUACGUGUGCUCAUAUCAUGGGUAAGCGCCUGGGGCGAGUCACUCAUCGAUGUGCUCGAGUUUGCGACUCCCUUAGACCGAUUAGACCUGCUUCGCGAGUUGCAUGCGAUCUUUCGAUUUGCGAAUGCUUCACCGCAAGAUAUUUGGGGCUCUCUCACGCAGCAUCACUCCCCGCUGUUGCUUCUUUUACCCACGAAAUUGAUUCUAGAUCCAUUCCUGUCUGCCGUUGUCUGGAUUGCUGUGGAUGUGGUAACUGGUGUCACACUGGCCAAGACGGCCGAAAUACUUCGUUCACGCUCUAAGAACAAAGCCUUUUGUCUCUCACCUGUGCUCGUUGUAGCCUGCUUUCUGCUUAAUCCCUAUGCUAUUGCAGCAUGCGUUGCCAAGUCUAUGAGUCAGGUCCGCACAUGCCUCAUCAUGGUCAGUUUGUUGAGCGCUAUACGAGGAUCUUCUCGGUUGUUGGUCCUAUCUCACGUACUCAACAGCAUACUAUUUUUCACGCCAAUCAUGUUCACCCCUAUCUUUGCUCUGUUGGGAAGUGAUUCGUAUGCUGAUUAUGGAUCUUGGCGCUCCAAAUUUGGGCUACGACGAGUGGAUGCAUGGUAUGUGUUCCUGCGCAAGUUUGUAUGGCAUGCAUCGCUGUUGCUAAUAGCCUCUCUCUUCACAUCUUAUUUAUUGUCUGGUGAUUCAAAUGGCGCAUUCGUGCGCAGCGUGUACGGUAGUCGCUUCCUGGCUGACGAUCUGACACCUACCAUUGGACUGUUCUGGUACUUUUUUGUCGAAAUGUUUUCUCACUUUUUCUCAUUUUUCGUCAUGGUCGUCCACGUUCACAUGUGGAUUUAUACCAUACCCGUGUUGCUCAAGUAUCGCACAGACCUUGUGUUUGGACUCACAAUACUCCUGGGUGUCCAGUGUCUCUUUGAGGCUUACCCAUGCGUCGGCGACACGGCCGCGUUUCUUGCCAUAUGGAGCCUGUCAUACGGUCGCUUGGCAGAUUAUCUGCGAUACCCCAUGGUGUCGUUCAUGCUGUUUGCGUACACGACACUUUUAUUCCCAGUAUUUCGUUACCUAUGGAUGUAUGCAGGGUCGGCAAAUGCCAACUUUUACUAUGCUAUCAACCUUGUGCAUGGGAUGGGUAUCGCCAGCGUGAUCCUCGAUGCUGUUUGGGCUUGGGGUAGGGAACGCUGGGAAGAUGAACGUCAUAUUCAAGAGGUACCAGAAGAUUUACAAGGGUCAGUGCGUCUUAUCGUCCAACAGUAG